CAAAAUGGCAGAACUUUCAGUCACACCGCAGUCUAUAAAUGAAGCGUCUAUAAUCAUUGAUGAAUCAAAAGCAACGGCUCUAAGUGGUUCACUAAAUAAGACGCAGUCAACUUUCCCGUUGUCUACUGAACUGUCUGCUUAUCCAACAACUACACAAAUGAGAGAACGAUUUGAAAAGCGUUCAUCGGAUGGUAGAAUUAUGCGUCGUAUCAUAGCUGAAGAUCCUAAUUAUAAUUUAACAACAGUACCAUCACUAGUCGACUUAUGCUUAAAACACUGUUCAGAAAAUUUUGAAUUUAAUCCAACGUCAAUAAAAUAUUUAAAUGAGAAACAAAAAAAUCGUGUGUUAGACUCCCUUUCAACUAAUUUACCACUAAAGGUAACAUCAUACAUUAUCAAUGAAGACAAAUAUUGGAAGAAAUGUUGUCAUGCUAAAUGGUCCAUUGUUGAUAUAUCACAUUAUGGUGGAUCUUGGAAACGUGCAUAUUUUGAACGUUUAUUAGAAGAGAUAAUUGAAAAUUUUAUACCAGGUACAACUUAUGCUCCACGUUUACAUGAAUAUGUCACUUAUGCUGCACCGUAUGUUUAUGCCUUAUGCAUUAAACAAUUAUUACCACCAUUAAAACAGAAGAAAAAAGAAAAGAAUUCAGAUGGCGAUUCAGGCACAGAAAGUGAAUCAGACAAUGCCACUGCACUACAACAAACUGAUCAUCUAGAUUUAACGCCAGUGCUGAAAACAUUGACAAAUCUACAAGAAUUAAGCUUAACUUAUUCAGUAAAAGAUUGUGGAAUGAAUUUUGAAUGGUCAUUGUUUCAAUUUACAAUACAUGAUUGUUUAAAUUUAUCUAAAGCUGUACAACAACAUUCAAAUUUGAAAGUGCUUAGUUUAACAAAUAGUCAUGUCAAUUCUGAACAAUGUCGUACUCUAGCUACACAUUUACAACAUCAUCCAACACUGGAGUGCUUAGACUUAUCGCAUAACUUUAUUGGUUAUCGUGGUACUCGUGCAUUGAGUAAACUGGUAGCUGGCAAGAGUCGUAUUAAUUCUUUGAAUUUAACUAAUAAUCGUUUGAAGUCGAAUAGUGGAUUGGCUUUAGCCUAUGCCCUGGCCAGACCAGAAUGUCUAUUGAUUAAAUUAAAUUUACGAUUAAAUCGGAUACAAGAUGAAGGAGGAGUGGCUUUGGCAAAAGCUUUAAUUCAUAAUUCAAUUUUGAAAGAGUUAAAUUUAGCUGUGAAUGAUUUACAGGAAAAUACCGCUGGUUAUUUUGCGCAUGUUCUUUCACACAACAGUACACUGACUCAUUUGGAUUUAUCGAAUAAUCAAAUAGGUGUGAUUGGAAGUAGAAAACUACAAGAUGGAAUGGAUAGAAAUUUAACUUUAAUUCACUUAGAUUUACGCUUUACUGGAAGUUGUCAAGAGGCUGAAUAUGCAAUUAGUCAAAGAAUUGAAGUCAAUCAAAGCAAGUUUCGAAAACUGGCCAAUGAAAUCCCAGAACUGGAUCCGUAUGCAUCAGGUGAAGUGACAAGUGUAGCAAGACAACAGUUACAUCCCACAGAAUAUUCCAAUGAAGCAACACUAAGAGCACUGAAAAUAUAAUAGCAAUCAAGUUCUAAGAAAUUUGACAACAGUAUAUUAGAAUGUCUAUCAAUAAUCAAUACUACGAAUACUACUACUUCAAUCAAUAUUACUGAUUCAUUUCUCUGAUGAAAGAAACUGAAUAAAGUGUGUUGUUGAAGAGUUAAAUUUUGUAAGAAUAGCUAACCAAAUUUUCAUGCAGAAACUUAAUUUCAUUUCGACCUAUUUAUCCUCUAGUACUCCAAAAACUAAAAGACAUGCUUGUUGUCAGUCAGCUGAUUCAGUGGAAGAUAAAUGUCAUCGCGAAUAGUGUGUUGUAAACAGAGCCAGACGCUG